GGGACACAAUCGGUGGAAGUUGAGCCUCAGUGGGAGGUGCUGAGGAACCUCAGGGAGGGGAUGGCGCUGAGGCGUCGUUUUAGAAGGAAAUGCUGAAGUACCUCAGAGAAGGGAUGCAGGGGCAGGAGCCUCGAAGCGUCUCAGGUCAAGACUGUGUUUAGGACAGAAAAUUCUGCAGUAGCGCAUCCCAGUAAAGUGUGGGAGAAGGCAGAACUCUGCUCAAGCCUCCUAGGAAACCUGCAGGCUUGGGGACAGGGAUGUUGAGGUUGCUAAUCUUGACCUAAAUAUUUCUCUCUUGCAGCGCCUGACUGAAUAGAAAAGCGAGCGAACGAGAUCCUGUGCCACAACACAGGUACCUUUUAUUACUCUCAGCUUCAGAGGCAUGGAGGGCCAUUCCUGGCUUGCCUUUAAACAGCCUCUGCUUAUAUGCUUCUCCCAGGUAGAACACAGAUUCCCAAAUAAAAUGCUGUUUUAAACCAUAGGGUGCACACUCUGCAGCUUCCAAGCCCACCUCUGCAUUAACUGACACCUAUAGUAUUGCACUGCAUGUGUGAUUUGAACUUGGCACUGGUUGGUGUAGUGUUUGGCUUUGGUGAGGACAGUGUGUUCAUCAGUAGCUAGUGUAGCGUGGAAUCUUAAGGAGAAAGUGAUAUUUUUCAUGCUAGAGCUUCUUGAUGUUGGAGUGUUACAGUGGAAAUCUUUACGUAGGCAUUUAAUGAUGUUGGAGUACUGUUGCAGAGCAUGUGGAUUUGAACAGGUACAAGUUAGGCGUAGGGUAGAGGGUGAAGUUGACUUUGCCUGUGUGGUGCAGUUGGAUUGGUAUGGACAGCUAUGAGAAGUGGGCUUUUACAGGUGACCCUAAAACUCAAUAUCCGGCUAGAUGGCAGAUAUAGACAAUUUCCUGCUGCCUGGCCGGGUUAGGGAGUGCUGCCCAUGCCUGCAGUGUUAUGAGACCCCACUGGAGCAGCACCUGGCAAGCUUGAACAUCUGCACUUUCCAGAGAAAGUAUAUCAAGGUGGGGAAAUCUGGUCUUGAGUGAUAGUGUCUAAUACAGGGACAGUGAAUUCUUCCUCUCUCCAGGCAGAUUGGGUUAAAUGUGCCACUUGGUCUGUUUCCCAAAUUACGUUUUAGGCUGUACUGCACUUUGUCAAAACAAAGCUUUGCCCUCUGUCCCCACUUAAUUCUUAUGACAUUAUUGUAAUUAGAAUUAAUAGAGAUAUUCCAGCAUAGCUAGGACAAACUUGAAGAGAGGCAACAAUCAUGUACUUUUUAAUGAGAAUUACAUCUGCCAUCUCACUAUCUUUGAGUGUUUUACUGUGAUUGAUUCCCUCCCAAUGUACUGUGUAUCCUAAGGCCUGACAUCCAGUGCUACAAUGGAUGAAUCUCAUGUUGACAAGUAACAGGAACUGUACUUGCUGCAUAACUUGUUUGCUAUCUAGGUUAUCUACUCCUUUGGACUUUUUUUUUUGGUUUGUUGUUUGUUUAGGAAAACAGCAUAUCAUGAAACUGAAGAAGCUUCUAAUUGUGUCAUUAUACAUGUUCACUCCUCUUUUUCUCUGCUUUAUGUUAUUUGUAAGGUUUUUUUAAUUUGGAUUUUUUGAAAAGGAAUUUUAUUUUGGCUCUGCAUAGGCAGCCCUGUGUUCACCGCACUUGUGUAUCAUGUAAUCAUCGCACUACAAGUUAAUGGCAAAAUUAUCUGUGCCUUCUAUUUCCCCUGUAAAACAGUUACAUAUGUAACAAUAUAAUGAUUAUGACAGGCACUAAUUUCACAGUGAAUGUUUGAAGGAACCUACUGCUAAUGUAUUUUUUUAAUUGCUAUUUGGAUUUUUUAGAUGUGACAAAAAUCCAUACUUCCUUUUAUCCUUUGCUGUACAGAAGGUGGUUGAACUUUUUUAUAGCAGGUUGAAUCACUUGUUGUAAAGCAAAUUGUCAUCUCCCGCAGAGAUGCACGGUAGAUUUAUUUGUACUGUAUAAGCAUCAUAGAUUAGCCAUAUAGAGGAACAGUUAAAAACAAACAUAAAAAACCAAACACCACUGCACAAAAACUGCAAAAGCUCCUGCAUGCCCACCCUUUAAGUGCUGUAAUGUCAAUUUUCCUGAGAACCUUUGAGAGGAUAUCCCUGUAAUUACAAACGCAAGUAAGCCAAACUAUGAUGCCACUGAGAGAAAAAUUCUGUUACUCCAGUGAGAUUAGCUCGCAACCCUGUGACAAGCCGGUGAGAAAGGGCAGGUCUCUUUUUUUGAGAUUACAGGCUGAUUACAGGCUCACAGUAAUGUAUGAAAUUUGUGAAUACUAAAGCGUGCAAUUGCUAAACAGUAAUGAGCAUUGGGCGUAUAGCUGGCACGUGUGUUCCUUUCCCACUGUCACAUUCUGUCCUGUUUCUGGACAUCUUUGCACAGGAUUAUUUGAGAACAGUUUCUAAAGGUUGUAAAGCUUCCGCACAGUUGCAAUGCCUGCCCAGCUGAUGCUGAGCUGUAGCAUUUAACUUUGUUGCAGCAGUAGAGUUGUUAGAGCUGUUCACGAGCUAAGUUACUGCUAUAAACAAGACAAGGGGCAUGGGGAAGGCAAUGUAUUAGGCCAGAAGAUAUCAUUGGGAAAACAUAUUUCUAGAAAUGGAAGCCUUUUAUUUUGUGUUAGUGAGAGGAAUUGCAGGAACCUGAAGGAGGGCUUAUGCACGCAGAAGCAAGUCCAUUGUUUCCUGACUAUGUCAGUAUAAUGAAAGAUACUCCUUGUUCUUACAGACUGACUUUUUUGUGAUAGCAGUGUUACUUAGUAGACAGUAUCUUUAUGUUUUGUUCUAUUUAGUGCUGCAGAGGUGGCUCUAAGGCCUUCAGUUGCUGGGGUUCCCGACAGAAAAUUGCAGUGGGGGUGUUUGUGUGUACCUCAAGAUAACUUUUUUUAUGUAAAGCAUUUUGUUUCAAUUAGCCAUUUGAAUCAGCAAUUUGAAUGAAAUCAGAGCACUGACAACAUUAUGCAAACAAUAUACCAUGAUUAAAUUUAUUUGUUGGAUUUUUUUAAAUGUAACUCUUCUUCUCACAUGAUUUCCAAUAGAUGAAAUCUUUUAAUUAAUUUUAAAAAGUCAUUAUUCCCUCCAGCAUGGAAGUACUGUUUCAUUCACGGGUGAAUGCAAGCCAGCUGACAGGAUGCUGUUCCAGCAGCAUGCUGCUGUAGCCUAUUGCAAAGCUCAAGAUGCUCAGGAUGAAUAGCUCACAAGUUAAUGAAGCUGCUGGCCAGUUGACAGGGAUUGGACGCCUAAUCCUGGCAUCACCUUAUUCCAUUAUGGAAAGGGCUGUUAGAGAUCAUCUAGCCCACCUCCCUUCUCUCUCUCUCUUUAUCAUCUCUAAGAGACCCUCACCUAACCUAUUCGUAACAACAUUCUCCCACAGCAGAGAAUGUAUCCCCUCUUGAGGUGGAGUCUUCCAUGGCUUUCUUCCUCUCACCUUUGCAAUGGCUUCCCUUGGUGUCUAAAUUAAACCUCCAUCUCUGCAGCUGCAAAAACCAAAUUAUCUCUUCACAGUGGCUUUUUAUACCACAGAACACUUACUGUGUUGUUUCCUGGUCCUUGCUUCUGCCCCAGGAUAGAUUUCCAGGCUCCCCUCAGUAUCAGAAUUGACUCUUAGAAACAAGCCAGUGAAAAAAGGAGCAGCAAACCUGGAGUUCCUCUACCAUAAAUGCAGUGAAUACAUAAUGAUUUUUUUGUGUUUGUUCGCUUGUAGUUGGGUGUGAGCAGUUUUUCUGACAGUUCAUCUGCUUGGGGAACCUCUGCGUGCAGCAAAUGGGUUGUCAGUCCAGGAACUGCUCUGACCCUCAUUGUAUUCUAAGGAAUUUAUUGACAGGAAGACUUCUGGGUCUGUGCUCCUUUUUCUUAUCCUAAUAUACUGAACCCCACUGUGAUAGUGGUUUCUGGUUUUAGAAACAGCCCUCCCUGUGUACUUUUGAAAGAUUUCUGCUGAAAAUUGGACCUCAGAAAAAAAAAAGAGAAAAUAAAAUAAUGGAGAAGAGAAGUUCUGUUGGCUGGUUUUCACAAGAAUGAAACGAUGGUGAGUAAGUCCCAAGGCACUGGAAGGAAUAAAGAUGAGGUAAAUGCUGACAGGUGUUACCAGACGUGUUGAUCCUUAGCCAGCUGGUCCAUGCUCCACAGGGUUUUACAUCAAACACCACAGAGGACAAUGCAUAGCAUGGUGACUUACGAGGUCUUAAAGUCUGGGUCAUGUUCUCCAUGAGCUGACAUCUCCCUGUGCUAUCUAGUGUAAAACAAUGCAGGUUCCUAUGCAAAUGCAUAUCCUGCCUCCUAGUGAGGAAGUGCUUGUACCAUUUUGCAAGGCUCAAAGUUAUACAACUCAAGUCCCACCUAGAUUCCCCUCCAAGACUGAAGCAUGCACUAAGAGUACAGUUCAAGUUUACUGGCUGAAAAGGACCUUUACAGACCUGUAUAAACACAUGAGUCACCGGAGCUUGCCUGCAAAGCACUGCAUGUGUUUCCUUAAUUAUAGAGUUCUUUUUGUUCUGCCUUGUGUUAGGCUGUUCAAAAUCGUGUGACAUAGAUGUGACCUGUCUUCCAAGCUGGGUGGGUGACUCAGUCUUUCAACACAGAUCAAGGUCCUCCCUUUCACCACCUGCUCUGUGCCCUAGCCAGUGAGAAGGCAGACCUGUAUUGUAGCUGGGCCCUGAGGGAUGUGAUCUGAUGUGAAGCGGUGCUGUGCCACAGGCAGCAAGAGAUGCACUGUGAAAAAACCUGCAUGCUCCCCCAAAGCAGCAGCUGUGCACCGUAAGCCACGUUUCUUGUGCGUGGGCAGGGAUAUCUGCUGUAUGCUCCCCAGGGUGCGAUGGGGUGCCUGGCCCUCACAUGCAGCCUUUCACUGUGGUCUCAUUCCUCAGUGUUCCAUCUGAUGGAGAGCUCUGCAAAUGCUUUCCAUCCAUUCAUCCCACUGACUCCAUUCCACUGCUCUCAUUUUGAUAGGAAGCAGUAAGCCACAACAGGCCCUAAUAAUACCAAAUUCACAGGCAGUCUGGGUUGGAUCCUUGGCCUGGUCUUCCAACUAGCUGCUGCCCUCUUAGCAUCCUGUGACAAAUUAGGUCUUGCCUGAUUGUUGUUCAAGCAAUUGCUCAGUGCCAUCAUCAGGUAGGUGACAUCUAGGGAACAUCGCUGCACAUCCCAAGUGGCCUGGCAACAUCACCUAUACAAACUAUAGUCCAGGGAAAACACCCUUGCUUGUACCUUUGAGCCUUGUGGUCCUGCAGGUGCAAGAGUCGUGUUGCUUCCCUGGGUAACAUCAGAAAAAAUUACCGUCAGUGCCCGCAGAGAGGCAUCUCUUCCAAAUGGUGUAUUCAGACCUGAGGAAGGACCAGGCUCUGGCUAAACAUUCAUUUAUCGUUUCAUCAGCAAGACAGAAUCCUGUUGUCCCAGGGUUAAGCCAUCACCUGACCGUUUCCUGCAGGGGUACAGUCCCAGGCCUCCAGCACCUCUGGGACCUGGGACUACUUGCUGCUAGCCAGUGGGUGAAUGCUGGCAACCCCUAGCUGCUAUUAUUUCCAGUUUUGCCUAUAAUCCUGUUUUUUUUUCACAGGCUUGCCUCGGGGCCAGCAGGCACUGCAGGACGGACUUACGGAAAUUCUGCAAAAGCAGAAGAAUCGAGUCCCUGGUUUCCGAAACAAACACUAGGAGUUUACUCCUGUUCUUUGCUCCUGCUUUUAACAGUGAGAUAGCAAAGAGGAUGCUGUGGAAACUGCUGACGGGGAUCACGUUUGCCAGAGUCGAGCGCGGGCUGCUGGCGCCACCGCCUGCCCAGCUUCGCGCUGCCGCUUGCGCAGAGUGCUUCUGCUCUCGGGGCUUCCCAGGAAACUUGGGGCUCUCCCGACCCUCGGAGCAAGGGCUCCCCGCAUGGCCUUGCUCCCCAACGACGCUUGCACGAUCUCCCACUGCGGCCACCAGCCCUCGCUGUGCCCCGCCAGAGUUGGAGCCGAUAUGGGCCGCAGGCUGCCUGAGGGGUCCAACUAAAUCCCAGCCGCUUCCACCGCCAGGGUAACUUGCGGGCUGUCUCCUAGCAGCCUCCUCUUCUCACAAUGGCAGUUAGGUCUGUUAUCUUUGUUGGGAAGCAGAGAAAGCCUUCUGGAAGUGCCAGUGUUCCCAGGACCCCUGGGAUAAUAGGGCUGAUGGUGGUUCCUAACAAUGGGUAGUGCCACCCCUGUGACAGGUGUCACUAGCUGAGCUGCUAUAAGAGACAGAGGAUGUGUGCUAGCUGUGGGAAACUGUCGAUGUGCCCUCCCCUGGUUGCUGAGGCAGGCAAGUUAUCUGGCAUUGACUGAGUCUCUCUUUGCUACCUUACAGCUCCAGCCUGGGCAGGCAAUCUUCUCAAUCCCCGUUAAAAAGUACUGCUGGCAGCAACUAGCUAUGAGCUCAUCUCAUCUAAACAACAGAGCUGACAGCCACUUUAGAGCCUCAGAGGAGCAUGAACUGGAAGCAGUGGGGAAGAAAGCUUGGGACAAUCCCAUUUACAGUGGUUCUCCCACUACCUCCUUGAAGAUUCAAACCAUCUACAACCCCAAGUCCAUCCUGGAGAAUCCCUAUGAGAACUUUGAAGAGGUGGGGGAUCCACUGCCCUACCAGGAAGAGCAGAGCAAAGCUGUCAAUGGGAAGACAAGUCCUUUCCUCAAGUGCUGCUUCUACACCUUCAGAGGCAUCCGAGGUCUGUGGGGCACUACACUGACUGAAAACACAGCUGAAAACAGAGAGCUUUAUGUGAAGACCACGCUGCGAGAGCUCCUAGUCUAUAUUAUGUUUUUGGUGGACAUCUGUCUAUUGACAUAUGGAAUGACAAGUUCCAAUGCCUAUUACUACACCAAAGUGAUGUCUGAGCUCUUCCUGCAGACCUCUUCAGAUGGCCGUGUUUCCUUCCAGUCCAUCGGCAGCAUGGCUGACUUCUGGGCAUAUGCACAAGGGCCUCUUCUGGAUAAUCUUUACUGGACAAAGUGGUACAACAAUGAGUCCCUAGCAGCACACAGCACCCAGUCAUACAUCUAUUAUGAGAACUUGCUGCUGGGUGUCCCACGCAUGCGACAGCUGAAGGUGAAGAAUAAUUCCUGCGUGGUCCAUGAUGAUUUCAAGGAGGAAAUCUCAGGCUGCUAUGACGUAUACUCAGAUGACAAGGAAGAAAGGGUCUCCUUUGGGCUCAUCAACGGAACAGCGUGGAGGUAUCAUUCUGAGGAGGAGCUGGGUGGCUCAUCUCAUUGGGGAAGACUAACUAGUUACAGUGGGGGAGGAUACUACAUAGACCUCAAGCUGACCAGAGAAGAGAGUGCUGAAGCCCUGGGAGUCUUGAAGGAGAAGUUGUGGCUGGAUCGGGGUACACGAGUUGUCUUCAUUGAUUUCUCUGUGUAUAAUGCAAAUAUCAAUCUGUUCUGCGUUCUGAGGUUAGUGGUUGAGUUUCCAGCCACUGGUGGUGCCAUUCCCUCCUGGCAAAUCCGGACAGUCAAGCUUAUACGAUAUGUCAGCACAUGGGACUUCUUCAUUGUUGCCUGUGAAAUUGUCUUCUGUGUCUUCAUCUUCUACUAUGUGGUGGAGGAGAUUUUGGAGCUGCGUAUCCACAAGCUUCAGUACUUCACCAGCAUCUGGAACAUCCUGGAUGUGGUGGUCAUUCUGCUCUCCAUCAUUGCUAUUGGGUUUCACGUCUUCCGCACCAUUGAGGUGAACAGAUUGUUGGGAGAGUUACUGGAACACCCGGACACCUACGCAGACUUUGAGUUCCUGGCAUUCUGGCAGACACAGUACAACAAUAUGAAUGCAGUCAACUUAUUCUUUGCCUGGAUUAAGAUAUUCAAGUAUAUUAGCUUUAACAAAACAAUGACACAGCUCUCCUCCACACUGGCACGGUGUGCCAAGGACAUCCUGGGCUUUGCCAUUAUGUUCUUCAUUGUCUUCUUUGCCUAUGCCCAGCUGGGUUACCUUCUAUUUGGGACACAAGUGGAAAACUUCAGUACGUUUGUUAAAUGCAUCUUCACCCAGUUUCGGAUCAUUCUCGGUGAUUUUGACUACAACUCCAUUGACAAUGCCAACAGGGUCCUUGGGCCUAUUUACUUUGUCACCUAUGUGUUCUUUGUUUUCUUUGUGCUCCUGAACAUGUUUCUGGCCAUCAUCAAUGACACCUACUCAGAAGUCAAGGAGGAGCUCUCAAGCCAGAAGGAUGAGCUGCAGCUCUCAGACAUCUUGAAGCAGAGCUACAACCGGACACUCAUGAGGCUGAAGCUGAAGAAGGAGCGGAUUUCCGAUGUGCAGAAAGCACUGCAGAAUGGAACAAAAGAGCUAGACUUUGAAGACUUCAAGAACAGCUUGAAGGAACUGGGCCAUCCAGACCAUGAGAUCACAGCAGCCUUCUCCAGGUUCGACAAAGAUGGCAACCGCAUUCUUGAUGAAGAGGAGCAACAGCAGUUGAAGCAUGACCUGGAAGCAAAAAGGGUUGCCCUGAAUACAGAGAUCGAAAAUUUGGGGAAAUCCUGUGGUGACAACAACCUGGAUGAGAAUCUGACCUACAUGGAAGCAACAAAUAACCACGCAAAUAAAGCCAACUGGGUUUCCAAAGAAGAGUUCCAAGUACUCCUGCAACGUGUGCUGCAGCUGGAACGGUCCAUAAACAGCAUUGGCUCCAAGAUUGAUGCAGUGGUGAGCAAGCUAGACAUGCUGGAAAGAAACAAGCUGAAAAGGAAGGAACUGUUGGGCAAGCCAAUGGAUAACAUUAGCAAGCAGGAAGAACCCAGUCAGGAAGAGCUGCUCCCCCAGAGCCUAGACCAGCUGGGAAAAGAAGCAGCAGAAGGUUGCGGGAUGGAACACAUACAGGGGAACAACCUGAGUGGCAACUCUUCCCGAAGCAGGGUCUAUUCCAUACUGCCCAGGUCAAGUGUGCCGGGGCCUCAGAUCCCCAAGAAUACCCAGCAACAGUCUGAUGUGCGCUUCUAGCAAACAGCCCAGUGUUCCCAGUUUCACUCCUACAGUACUAAGUCACAGUCAGUAUUUUCCCUACUGUUAGAAUAAUCCGGACAGCUUGACACAGGCACCACUGUUGCCAGGAACUGGUGUUGUGAAAAAUCAGGGAUGCUAUUUUCCAGUGUAAUGACGUAUAAUGUCACAGAGCUAGAACUUCUGCCCAUGUAUCUCUGGAGUAGGUGGAAAUUUGGAACCAGGUGAUGUAUUGGGUUUCUGCCUCUGGACAGGCAAAGUCUUUUAUCUAUCCUUUCCCAAAAAGUAGAGACCCUGGAACACUGUGAACACUUGUGUCCAGAGCGGCACAUUGUGACUUGUUCCCAGCACAAACAAUUGCCUUCAGGACAAAGAUGUGGUUUUCAUGUAAACAAAGCAGAGUAUAAUCAUUAGCGUGAAAUGGAAAGGACAAAUUUAGGGUUUUUUGUGUAUGUGGUUACCAACAGAUUUGUUCUGUUGUAGCUUGUUUCCAGAAUGCUUUGGUAACCCACUCUGUACCUUAGAUUCUAAUGUUAAGAGGAUACUAAAAUAAGAGUUGACUCCCAAUGUAAUUGGGAGGAGAUCUGAAAUAUCAUAAAUGGAGAAGAAGUUGUGACUGGCAGAGUCCUAGGCCUGCGCAUUAGGGAACAGACUUCUGGUUAUAUGGUUUCUAACACUGCUGUUGACAUUAAGAAAUCUCUUUACGUUGUCUAUUUUCACGCUCCUUAAAUUGCAUUUCAAGGUACUUCACAAUGCUAGCACCAUAUUUACAAAGUUGCGAUGCUUCACUUUUUUGUCAAGGAAACAAUUUGGUUUGCAGUUGUGGGUGCUGACACCAUUUGAGUUGAAGAAUAGUGUGAAAAUCAGAUGAAUGUGAAUUUUUCCACCACAUGCAAAAUACUUCUUUUCCAGCCAUUUUUUACUUUGCUGACUUCUCUUUCCUUGUAGUUGUUACAGACUAUCACUGCUGUUAUGGGGCCACCGUAAAUGUAUUUCAAAUAUCUUAAUCACUGGUAUUCCACAAUAGUUAACCUCAAAUAGGCUUUGUAGGCUUAAAGCAAAUAGAAAUGUGAGUUGCACCAAACCACUGCUAACAACUCUCACUAGUGCUACACUUCAGUGUGCUGUGCAGUGCAGUGAUAGCUUAGUGGGGACUUUGUGUAUUGGCAUUAUGUAUUGCCACCUUUUUAAGAUGGAUGUGUCGCUGUGUUCUGGGGGAAAGCCCCCCUGGGAAUGUCUGAAGGACCUCUGGAACAGCCCUGUCCUCAGAUGACCCAGGCUCUGGGGCUAUCACAGCUACAAGAUACCAUUGAUAAACUGAAGCAGAUGGUCGCUCAGCUGUCAGAACCUAAUAGGUGCUGAGAGACCUUAUCACCCAUCCCACAAGGAGCUUAGAUUUCAGCCAGGAGCUGUGGAUGCAGGAACUGCAGGGUCUCACAGCUCACUUCCCAUCAGCUGGUCCUGCUGUUGUGCACAAGACUUACCUGUGAGACGUUGCCAUGGUUUUUGACUCC